AAUGUUCACUGACCAAAAUAGAAGUUGUGCAGAGUUUUUACUGGCAGAUAAUUUUGUUAACUACUGUAAGUCAGUAUUUCUGGGCAAGGCUACUAUGGUAAUAUGGUUUUCUUUUUCUUUUUUUAAAGAGAGGAAAUAUCAACACUUUUACACCUAUACGAAUUCAGACUCAUUUGAUCCUGCAAAUUUCACUCACAUGAAUACUCUCAUUGGCUUUAAUGCAAAUAUUCACAAGUAUGUACCAGAGAGCCCAGAGGAAAGAUGGAGCAGUGAUUAGCAGCCAAUCUGGGAGAGAGAAGACUUGGGUUCAGCUCUGCGCUCUUCCAUAGACUUUCUCUGUGACUCUGAGCAAGGGGAGAGCCGGCCCUCCUUCCCAGCUCUGUGACUGCCAUGGCAGGGGAGAGAGGGAGAGAACCCCCUCCUUCCCAGUCCCAGCUUGGGGGUUGCCACGGCGGGGAAGAGAGGGCACAUCCAUCGCAUUAGAAAGGGCUGAUUAUCCACCUGCCUAUACCAUUUGACACUGAUGUAACACCCACUGAAAGAGGAAAUCACCAGUAUAGCCAACAGAUGUAAUGUUGGUGGUACUUUUCAGCAGAAGGAAAUACCAUGUUGAAACUGAGUUUGAAGCUGCAAAGAAAUGGUCCAUCAAAUGGGGAUAUUUAACAACACCUUUUGAGGAGUUGAUAAAAGACGAAAAGAAAGAACCCACUAAGCCUAAGAUAGAGCUUCCAGAACAUUUACAAAUCCGACCUGUGACACCAGUGGAAAAAUAUAUUAAGGUCUACCCGUCUCCUCCAAUCCCUAAAACAACUCAAGGAUUUAUUGGCUGGAGAUCAUCUGUGCCAGGACUGGAACUUGAACGUUAUUAUCAGAUCAGUAGCUGCAAAGGUGCCUUUCACAAGGAUCUGAAGUGGCCUGAUGAACCCUCUGAUUGACAUUAAGAAAUAACGAAUAGGCAUAUUGAGCCAUUUUUUCUUAAUCUAAGUUAAUAUUCAGUAGAACAAAUGUCAGAUUUGCAUAAAUUGAUAUUAGAGAGUAAAUGUUUGUGCAUAGUGUCAGCAAUAUAUUAGGUAAGAGGUGUAUGUGAGAAAUGUAGCAUGUCAGUUGUUACUGUUUUAUUGAAGUCUACAGUAUACAUACUGUUAGUGCACAUUUUGGAAUGUUUUUCCAUGAAAGCAGCCCUAAUUUAAAACACCUUAUUUUUUGCAAUAAGUUUUCCUGUAAAAGAAUCCUAGGAAGAUUAUUUAAGUAGCACCCUUCUAGUUGUCUGCAUUACAACUUGUCUAUGACUGUGCUGGUGAGUCAGAUGUGUCACUAAGCCAUAAAUUACUAAAUACAUUGUAUAUGCUUUAUAGGUAGUUUGUGUAAUGAACACAUCUGUGUUAUUUUGUGGAUCCCAGUUGAGCUGCCUUAUCAGUAUAAAUAGUUCACACCAAUUCUAUUUAUCUGCAUGCAAGGCGGUUGCUUUCAAAAUGAGAACCACUUAGAUGACUGAUCAAAAAGGUAUCCAUAUGUAUGUUGGUGAGCAUUUAACUGUAUAUAACAAUACAAUGACUUCUCAAGCAUUUGAAUUACAGUAAUUAUAUUAAAAUAAUUUACAUAAUCUAGAGCUUGUCAGAGACUCGGAAAUAGUUUGUUGAAUAAACUGACAAAAGCAACAAAGCUGGCCAAAUUCAAGUAAUUGUAUAGCAUUCAAACACCUCCGAAGCCAUCUAGCAAGGUACAAAACAUGUAAAUUUUACAUAAGCAAAGACAAUGCCUCAUGUUUCAACCAAAACCAAACAAAGAACCCUCACACUAAUUUUUCAGAAACAUUGUGGGUUUGAAAAAAGAAAAAAAUCAUACAAACCCAUUAGCACUGCCUACAGGUCAUUGAGUAACCCACUGGACAGCCAUCAGGUUACAGAGCUACUCACUCUUUGAUUGAAAAUGCUUGUCACAUGACGUUUAGAGAGCUUAUAGAGUGCACCCUGUGUCCUACUUAUCAAACAGACACAUUAGUCUCACAGUGGCAUAGCUGAGUGCAAUAUAACAUGCACAGGUUUAAAAUUAAAAGCACUUUGCUACUGCACAGAAAUUAGGCCUGAAUGCAAACCUGAACAAGGUUUCUCUGCCUCACCUGAUACAUUUGAGGGUCUGAUCCACCUGACAUUAAAAUCAGUGGAAAGUUUCCUAUUCCUAUUGACUUUACUGAGCAUUAGAUCAGUUCUUUCAGUGAGUCUCAAAUAAUUCUGUGCAAACUGGUCCCUCUUAUCAGUGUUGAGAAAUCACUGGCUUCUAUCAGGUACCAGUUUCCUCUUGCUGUUGGUACAAAUGACUUUAUAGUAAUCAUUGUGGUGUUAGCAAAUGUGGGGAUCAGUGGCCAGUCUCACUUGUUUGGUUUACAUUUAGGGACAAAUGAGCUGCUGUACUGUUCAAGGUGGAAAAACUUAUGUCAUACCAGUCUGGCUAUUAUAGCAUGGCUUCUUUAUUUUUGAAAUCAGUAGCCUGUAUCCGAGCCAUGCACAAGUGCAAGCCACACUUUACACUGGUGCAGUGUGGAUCAACAUUAUGAUCUGCCUUGUGCAGCUACAGUGGUUUAGCUAUCCCAGUGAAAACAAGCUGUUGCAGGGUUGAAUCCUGUCUUACUGUGUUAACACUUCAAUACAUGCCAUCUAGCUGAAUGUCCGUUAAAGGACCACGACAAAAUGAGGUAUAAUUGGCUAAGCAGUAGUACUGCAGAAAAGGAUCUGGAGGUGACAGUGGCUCACAAAUUGAAUAUGAACCAACAAUGUGAUGCAGUUGCAAAAAAGGCUAAUAUAAUUCUGGGGUGUACUAACAAAAGUGUCAUAUGUAAGACACAGGAGGCAAUUGUCCUGCUCUACUUGGCACUGUUGAGGCCUCGGCUGGAGUAGUGUGUCCGAUUUUGGGUACCACACUUUAGGAAAGAUGAGGAUAAAUUGGAAAGAGUCCAGAGGAGGGCAAAACAAGUGAUAAAUAGGUUGGGGUUAUUAAACCUUUUAUUUAGUGUGUGCAUAGUCAUCUAGCCAAGCGAUGGCAUCUUCAGUGGCCCGAUGCAGCUCUUCUAGGCCAACCGCUGAACCUAAUCAGCAGGCAUUCCUCAACAACAUGCGCCAUCAUCUGUGUUGCACCUCAGCUGCACAAAGGGCUGUCACGAAGGCCCCAGCGAUACUGGUUGGCUGCAUAGAGACCUUGCCCGGUCCAGAACCUGUUCAACAGGGACCACUGGCGAUGGGGCAGGUCAAAACCAGGCGGGCAAAUUGUGUGGUUGGUGUCGAGGGACUGGUUGGGGAUUAUAACAGAUAUCCAUUCCUCUUGCCAGAGUGUUUCCACCCUAACAUCCUGGCAUGGCAGAUGAGACCAUAAUGGGGGAUGUGAUGGCAAACGUGCAGCUGGUGAUUUAAAAAAGUCAUUGUGCAGCAGCAGGUUUGAGUUGGUGCAUACUUUCUCCAGUAACUUGCCAGUGGCAACCUCUCAUCUAAUAUGAAGAGCAAUAUUGCUUAGAACUGGAAGCCAUGGGCGUGGAGUCAGAUGCAGGGUGUCAGAGAUGAUACGUGACCUAUGAGGAAAGGUUAAAAAACUGGGCAUGUUUAGUCUUGAAAAAAGAAAACUGAUGGUGGACCUGAUAACAAUCUUCAACUGUGUAAAGAGCUGCUAUAAAGAAGCUGGUGAUCAAUUAUUGUCCAUAUCCAUUGAGGGUAGGACGUGAAGUAAGGGACUUAAUCUGAAGCAUGGGAAAUUUAGAUUAGAUAUUAGGAACAACUUUCUAAUUAUAAGAAUAGUUAAGUACUGGAACAGGCUUCCAAAGGAGGUGUGGAAUCCCUUCACUGGAGGUUUUGAAGAACAGAUUGGACAAAACUGUCAGGGAAUGUCUAGGUUUACUUGGUUCUGCCUAGUUCAGGGGGCUGGACUUUGUGACCUCUUGAGGUCCCUUCCAGCCCUAUAUUUUUAUGAUUAUUUUGAAUUUACAUCUGCAGGUUUUUUAACUUGUGAAGAUAUUUGACAUUAAAGGAAGAUUUAAAAAAUCCCAGAAAUUAACACAGGUGACUUCUCCCCAUCCCCAAAAUCCUCCAUUUGUAGUAUUGCUAUCAAAACUCCAGUGCAUCCUGCAGCUGUCAAUACCUACUUCUUGAGUCAGCAGCAACCCCCUGGCACAAAUGGCAGUAGGUCAGCUGUUUGUGAGUUGUUGUUUUUCUUUCUUGCUUCCCAAGAAGUGACUCAUGAUGAUCAACAGCCCAUCUAUUUUUUACGUUAACAUCCCACUCCAAAUGCCCACAAAAGAACAUUUGACUUUCUCCAUAUUCUUUACAAAUAAUGGAGAGGUGACUCACAUCCUUUGGAAAGAUUACCCAAAGAAUGAGAACCCAUAUCAGAAAUCACCCCCAGACAAUUUACUUUAGAACCAGAGUAAGGAAUAAUAUAAAAUCAGACUCUGGAAAUUAUCUGAAGUUUCAAGUUUGCUACUAAACAACAUAGCAUUAAAAAGAACAAACAGUGCUCCGUGAACAGAUAGGGCCAUACUAGAAGUCAGUGUUUUUGAUCAAUGUCUUCCUUCCUUCCUUGCCAUAGCUGUGUUUAUAUUGCUGUCAGGAAGGUGGCCCAUUUUAAUUAUAUUUAACACAUUUUCCAUUAAAUGGUUCUCAGACUUAUUUUAAAGGCAAGUGUAGACUGACCCUUUAAUUCCAAGCUGGUUUCAGAUAAAUGCUUGUGCUGCAAAUGAACGUGUAAUUUAAUAGCUGAAAAGGCACAUAAAAUUCAGAGUGCACUAUUUUAAAUGCCAGCAUAGAUAGAGCCAAACAAAGGAGAGACAACACGGUUGAGAUGGUAUUCGGAAUUUUGUAAUACUGACUGAUUAGCAAAGAACCAGAAAUGGCACCCUAUAUCCUGUGGUGAUUUGUGUAAAAUGAGGUUCAGGUCCAAACAACUCCUGGGUUUUUUAUUUUGCAAAACCAAAACAAGACUGACAACAUUUUACAAACCCAAAAUAACUCCCAGCUUGCCAAUUUCCAACCGUAAAUUGCUGGAGUUUAUAACUGAUCCCUAAAAACUGACUCAAGACCAUGAAUAGGUAUUUGUGUUCUACUUUGCUUCAGUUAAGAGGCCUUUUGAUGGUAACCUAAUUAUAAGGCUACAAUUUAGUCACGGGUAUUUUUACUAAAAGUCAUGGUCAGGUCACGGGCAAUAAACAAAAAUUCAUGUGGCCUGUCUAUGACUUAUACUCUAAAUAUCCCUGACUAAAUCUUGAGGGAGGGGUC